AUGAAAACGACUCAAGAAGAAUAUAGAAAGACUCAGCAGAACUUCAAAGAGGCUCUAAGUAGCUCGAGUGACAAAGCAAAAGGUGAGAUAGCAGUGAAAGUUAGACUUAAGAAUAAACAGAGUGAAUCACGUUAUAAGCAUCCAAAGAUUAAAAGAAAUUAUAAAGCUUUUAAUGGAAUAAGACCUAUGUUUAAACAAAAGUUGACAGGAACAUCUACUACUUUAAAUUGCUCAGAAAAGAUUCGGAAGUAUAAAGUUGUCAGGUCAAAGCAUAAGAAGGAAAAUCAUAACGAUAACCAACCAAAGAUGAUAAACAAUGGCAAUUCGAAGAAUCAUUCAAGUAUACCUCUCCUACCAAAAUCAGAUAAAAUUAUAUCAACCAGGGACAAGUGUCUCACCCAACGUGCUAAAGCUAGUUUCCAAAACUUAGCAGAAGAGGGUAAAAACUUUGUUCCUAACUCAAUGGUAAAUAAAACAGUUAACCAGAAUGGAUCUCUUGAGAAAUAAAAAUGUUUUCAUUGCUAAGAAGAUGGAUAAGAACCCAUCAUACCUUUACCGUCCAGAGAACUUUUUAAAGGAUAAUAUUAUCACAGUUGGAACUAACCCUCAGGAAAAUGACAAAAAUGCAUCUACACAAGCUGAUAAUUUGGUCAUGACAAGGUCGAUUGUGGGUUCAAUAGAGUUAUAUCAGAAGCAUAAUAGACGGAAUCAUUUUCGUGCAAAGUCUAUGUCACUGAAUGUGGGUAAAGAUUCAACCCUGUCAAAGAAAGGAAUUGGCACAAAUAUGAACCAAGGAGUUGAUAAAUACAGAAGGAAGAAAUCUAUAACGAUUGAGUAUAAUGGCCUUAAGCAGCUAAAGAAAGAAGUUGAAGAAAGAAGAAAAAAUGUGCCUAGUCACAAGUAUGAAUCAAGUAUUACCAAGAAAAAGAAGAAAAUUGAAGAAUUGAAGAAACAAAGUGUGGAUACCAUGAAACUCCGGGGAUCUCGAGGGUAUGUUCUCUGUAAGAACGGGCCUCAGCAAUUGAAGAGCACUGAUGACCAAAUGACUACAUUUGAGGAUGCCCAAACCGCUUCAAUAUAUUUUCAUGAUUCGAAUCGAAAUAUUGGAGAAGAACUAUUUCUCGAAACCCAAGAUAUUAAUUUGUUAGAGCAGAAAUUAAAAAAUAGAGAAAGUAGGUCAAAAUCUAGGAAACAAAAGAUUGAAUCACAGAUGAGUGCAAAUCAUAAAAUUAUUGAUCUCAAGACUAAAAGACAUCUUGAGCUGUAUAAAAAGAGAGUAAAAGAAUGGGAAGCACAAGAAAGAAAAGUAAAGAAAGUACUGGACAGAAACAAAUCUGAAAACUUGCACUCAGCUAUUGAUAAUUUCAGGUUAAAAUAAGGAGCAAAGAGAGCUGACUGAGAAAAUGGCUCCUGUUCUUGAGAAAUACGGUGCCAAUAAAUUAUGGAGCAUGAGCUUGAGAAGGCGAGACCAAAUCGAGAAAAGGAUAUUUAAACUAUCAAAAGGAAGUAGGGUAGAGAAUAAGCAGUAUUUACUUAUGGAUGACCCUGCUAAAGAGAUCCAAGUAGUACGGAGACCAAAGAGUAGUUACACUAACUAUAGAAAAAGGAGUUCAGAUAAUAUCGCAAAUUUGCAGUAUAAGAAAAGAAAUGAGUGGUUUAAAGCUGAUGACAAGCGAAAACACUUUGGUGUCAAUAUACUACCAAUGACAGUCCCAGAGAAAAAAUUCAUCAUCGACCAGGAAUGAAUUGAUGGACUAGCUAUCAAAGGAGAUAACAAACUAGAAAGAGAGAUUGAAAGUAUUUACAAAAUAAAGGACAAAACAAAGAUUAUCUACAAAAAUCUGACUACCCCAACUCCUCCCAAAGACCCCAAUACUAAACUACCCCCAUUCCUAGACACCCAGGUCCUUACUACAAUGGAGGAGGAAGUGAUUGCCAUUCAUCACGAUCAGAACCUCUACGCCUAACUCCCAAAAACCCUAUUCCAC